UCAUAAUGAUAAUUAAGCCCUCGUUAAAAUACUAUUGGUUAGUUGAUUGUCAAGAAAGAGGGUAUAAAAGCUCAGUGAAAUUCCACACGACCAUUAGAUAGUUUGAAACUAAAUCACCUCACAAUCCAGCAUAAGGAUUUAAUGCGCUCCAUUAAUGAACAAUAUGCCACUAAUCAAAAAGAAAUGGAGAGUUGUUGAUUCAACUCAGCUAAGAGGGGACCAUCAAAACUUGAGAGCAAACGACAAAAUUAGGGUUAUCUCAUACUAAUAGACUCAAUCAAAGUAAUAAUGCACAAAAUGGCACACUCCUUGUCUAUCAGUUCCAGUAGCUUGAAUAAAGAAUCGACCUACUUCAAUAAAUCAAUCAAUGAUUCCUCGUUUUAAGAUAGAAAUAGGUUGCGAUAGAUGUAAAAACCAUAAACAUAAAAAUCCAAUAGCCACCACUCUUUGUUGUACAACUAAAUUUUUAUCUCAAGAGACAUAUAUUUCAACCGUAAAUUCAAUUUCGAAUCCUCCUUCUGCAACUCCAUUAUUGAUUAAACUCUUUUACUUGCCCAACUUAAAUCCCCAACAAUAAAAUCACGUGCCAAGAGAUACCGGAUGAUCGAUUUUCAAAGGUGGCCUUGUACUGGGAAGUGAAAGGGGCGCAAACUAUCGUACGAUGAAGGAAAUUUUCGAGGAAGUUAAAAAGAGAUUAAAACAAAGAUAAAAAUCACAAAAUUUAAAUUGAAAAAUGCAAAGACACACACGUAGUGACAAAAUUAGUUUUUUCCAUGGUAGCCAAUUAUCAAUUUACCUUUAGCAAAAAUUAAGGAGAGAGAAAGAAUUUUAAAAUUGAGAAAAUUACAUGAAACUCUACUAUGAAAAUUGAAGUAUCAAGUACCAUAAGAAUACAUACGGUAUACUUAGUGGGCUUGCUAAUCAUGAUGGAAAGUCCUGCGAUUUUCAGAGAGUUGAACUUCGUGUAUAUUUUGUAUUCAAAAUGACACAACAAAUUUGUUCAGUGUAAAUGGUUGUGAUUGUUGUCUUUGUUUGAAGAGACUCGGGUUCAAAUCUUGAUGUUGAUAUUUUUAAUGUGAGAUAAAUAAUUAAUUGUAAAGACAAAAAUGUCCUCCCUACUUUCACUCUAGUUGCAGGAAAUUUGAAAUAGAGGAAAGUACACAAAAGUGUACUAUAUAUUAUUGGGAUGGUAGUCGAAAUGGUUUAUAACAUUUUUGUCAUCACUAGUUCUAAUCCUUCAAGUUCAAACAGAACGGACGAUAUCUUGAUAACUCCUCUCCGUGUGUUUUGUCUGUUUUUGGUGGGUGACCACGUGUCUAUUAGGAAAAUGUGGCAGGGAGAUUGAUAACCCACCUCCGUUCCCCGUAAACCCUAGUCCCAGCAUUUCCUGCCUUCCAUAUUCCAUUCCAUUAUUGUAUCAGCCCGCCACCUACUGUCAAUCCUACUUCCCCACAAUGGCUGCCACAGCCGCCUCGUCUGCCGCCGCUCUCACUCCGUCCGUCCCGUCGCCGUCCUCUUCUCUAAAACCCAAGGCUCCGGUGUCAAGCUCCCUCGGGUUCCUAUCCUCUUCAUCUCGGUCGCUGAAGCCCCUAAUCUCUCGGAUUGCCGCCCAGCCAUGCCCCAAUGCAAGAUCGCCGCUUUCGGUCGCCAUGGUGUCGGCUCCGGCCGUCGCUCCCACGACAUCUCUUGAUUUCCAGACAUCUGUUUUCAAGAAGGAGAAGGUCACUCUCGCCGGCCAUGACGAGUACAUUGUGAGAGGAGGGAGAGAUUUGUUUCCCCUGUUGCCCGAUGCUUUCAAGGGUAUCAAGCAGAUUGGAGUUAUUGGAUGGGGAUCUCAGGCCCCUGCGCAAGCUCAGAACCUGAAGGAUUCUCUUGCAGAGGCCAAAUCUGAUAUUGUUGUGAAGAUUGGUCUGAGGAAGGGUUCUCGCUCUUUUGCCGAGGCUCGUGCUGCUGGGUUCUCUGAAGAGGAUGGAACUCUCGGAGACAUGUGGGAAACCAUCUCUGGAAGCGAUCUUGUCAUGCUACUGAUUUCAGAUUCAGCGCAGGCUGAUAACUUUGAGAAGAUCUUCUCUCAUAUGAAGCCAAACAGCAUCCUUGGUCUUUCCCAUGGGUUUCUCUUGGGGCAUCUGCAGAGCUUAGGUAUUGAUUUCCCUAAAAAUAUUAGUGUUAUUGCCGUUUGCCCCAAAGGAAUGGGCCCUUCUGUGAGGAGACUCUACGUGCAGGGGAAAGACAUAAAUGGAGCCGGUAUCAACUCCAGUUUUGCUGUUCACCAGGAUGUUGAUGGUAGAGCAACAGAUGUGGCCUUGGGUUGGUCCGUUGCUCUUGGCUCUCCUUUCACAUUCGCCACCACAUUGGAGCAGGAGUAUAAGAGUGAUAUUUUUGGGGAGCGUGGUAUACUGCUUGGUGCUGUUCAUGGUGCUGUUGAAUGCUUGUUUAGAAGAUACACAGAAAAUGGUAUGGAUGAGGAUUCGGCUUACAAGAACACUGUUGAGUGCAUAACGGGUAUUGUGUCAAAGACCAUCUCAACGAAGGGCAUGUUGUCAGUUUACAACUCCUUAUCCGAAGACGAGAAGAGAGAGUUUGAGCUUGCUUAUAGCUCCUCUUACUAUCCUUGCAUGGAUAUAUUAUACGAGUGCUAUGAGGAUGUGGCUAGUGGCAGUGAAAUCCGUAGCGUUGUUCUGGCUGGGCGUCGAUUCUAUGAAAAGGAAGGCCUCCCAGCUUUCCCAAUGGGCAAGAUCGAUCAAACCCGGAUGUGGAAGGUGGGGGAGCGUGUGCGUUCAACACGGCCAAGGGGAGACUUGGGACCAAUGCAUCCUUUCACUGCUGGUGUUUUUGUGGCAUUGAUGAUGGCUCAGAUUGAGGUGUUGAGGAAGAAGGGUCAUUCUUAUUCUGAGAUCAUUAAUGAAAGUCUGAUUGAGGCUGUAGAUUCACUGAACCCUUUCAUGCACGCUCGAGGAGUUUCCUUCAUGGUGGACAACUGCUCCACCACGGCACGUUUGGGAUCAAGAAAAUGGGCCCCUCGAUUUGAUUACAUCCUUACACAGCAGGCCUUUGUAGCUGUGGAUGCUGCUGGGGCUUCUGUGAACAGGGAUCUCAUCAGCAACUUCCUCUCUGACCCGGUCCAUGCAGCUGUUGAAGUGUGUGCCCAGCUAAGACCAACCGUAGACAUUUCUGUGACUGCAGAUGCAGACUUCGUCCGCCCUGAGUUGCGUCAGUAGCUAUCCAGUCCCCAGUGGAUGUUUUGCUGUGAUGGAAUAAUUUUUAAGACCCUCCGAGUUUUGUUUGCGAUGUUUCUGUUGUCGAACUCAUAAUUUCUAUAUGCCGAGUGUCUGUUCCCCUGUUUUUAGCAACUCUUCCCGUCGCUUCAAUGGUGUAGUAACUCGUGAGUUCUAUAGAUGAGAGCUUCUUCAGUCGUGGUGUCCACCUGCGCAUUCUGUCUCAGUUUUGGUGUCCACUGUCCAGUGGAUGUAAUUGUUGGUUCCACAACUCAAAUUUGUACGAUUUGGAGGAUGUUUUUGUUUUCAUGUUAGAUAUUGUCAGGGCAUGACAAAUAAUAAUAAUAAUAAUAAUAAUGUUAUUGCAAGAACUGAACUAAGCCGCGUAUUAGAAAUUGUAAAUCAAGUAACACAAUUUAAGCAACCCAGCUCAUAAAUCCAAGAGGAUGGAAGCUGGCUUUUCAGUGUAUUUCGCACCUGCCACAAGAUCUGACUGAGGAUGGAGGACGCAAUUGGAUGGGUCUCCCAGUUUUAAUAGUCACUAGAAUCAAUAUCCAUUGGUACUCAGCAGGUUAUCGACGGGAAGGCUGAGAGAUUCUUUUGUUCUUCUCCGUUAUAAGCGGAAUAGUUUGCGAUUCUUAAUGCAGUUAUCUGUGCAGCCCAGGAUCCUGUCCCAACGUGUAUCCUUCUGAUUGUCAGAGAUUGACGAAUGCGUUGAGACAGGAUCCGAGCCUUUGGCCCUGGCAGUGUCGGGCUUCUCUUGCUCGGGUGGUCUCCAUUCUCUGUGCUUCUCCUUGGAUCUCGAUUGAGUUUGUUCCUCGUCAAUUCAAUAAGUUGGCUGAUUGGAUCGCUAGAAACUCUCGUCUUGAUCUCCUUCCUCCAGAAUGAAUUGUCAUUGCCGACCUUGUCGCUCCAUUAUUGUAAUCGUUGUGCUUCCUAUUGUUUGGGUUUGGAAUGAAAUGAAUGAUGUUUGUUGUAAAAAAAAAAGACUAAACUUGCAGCAAAAUCUCCUAAAGUACAUAGCAAGGAAGUGGUCACCACUCUUAAAACCACUAUGAACUUGUAUAUAUGUUAGUGUUGACAAUCCAUGCCUGGAAGCAAGUUCAAAUUACUGUUGCAUACGACAAAGUAGCAACAAACCCUAUUUUAUCGCAAACACUAAUCCGGGUUACUGUUCACAAUGAAAGGAAUUAUAUUAUACACUCCCCUUCAUACUACACCCGAGUCUCCGGGCUCCAGUUCUUCCUAUUUCGUAUCCAUCAUCAUACCUGGAAAAUUCCAAUCUACCGCGUAUGCGGUUACCCAAGUGGGUGUGUGGCCGCCAAUUAUUUUUUCUCCCGCUAGGCAUUGUUAUUUAGCUAGAUUUCCAUGGGAGGGGAGUUGGAAGAAAACAUUAGAGAAUAUAGCUAGGCUCCCAUCAAGAAUAAGGUUUGAUAGUAUUUUUCAAUGGUAGCUUAAUCAAAUGUAAGAACAUUCUAUAAUUUGAUUAUUAUUAGAUCACACACGAUAAAUGAUUUACAUAAUAUCAUUUUGUAAUAAGAAACAAAUUAUAUAGGGAUAGUUAUUUCUUAUAUAUCAUUUAAGCAAGCAUAUUAUAUAAGAGUUUCACGAUAUAAGCGAUGUCUUCAAUUUUAUUGUACAAAGGUUUUGUUAGGUAAGUUAUUUGUUACAUAAUAAUAAUUUAAUCAUAGGUGAUACUUUUCAAAACUUAAUUCACUAAUUAUUAACUAAAAUUUGUGUAAUACUAUCUACUAUAUUACACAUCUACUAAAUUUUCCUUACACACAACUAAAGCUUCUACAAGCAUCUUACAUAAUAGUUUAAUCAAAUGUGAGACUUAUAAGUAACUUGAUUUUAUUACUAGACCACAUGUUACGGAUGAUUACAUAACACCGUUCUAUAACAAUUAUUAAAAUACAUUACGUAAAACUUA